AUGGAGGUCGAUCGAGAACAGUAUUACGAUGACGGUGGUGGAAGCUCGAGACGACGGAACCGCGGUGAAAGAGGGGAUCGACACCACCCGUACGGGGAUGACGAUCGACGGGGCGGAGAUCGCGGCGGACGCGGCGGACGAGGGGGACGAGGACGCGAUCGAGGCCCGCGAGACGACGGUGCGCUGAGCUUCCGGGAUUUCUGCUAUAAGUAUCUCCGAGACGACACCACACCCGCGGAGGCGGAGCGAAGGUACGAGGAGUACCAAAAGGAAAACCAAGAGGCGUUCUACGAGAGGUACUGGCGGGACCAUCGACACGACGAGCACGAACGGGCGAGAAAUGAUCCGAGACGACUCGUGGAGACGUUGGCGAGGAGAGACGACGUUUCCCGCGCGCACGCGCAAGAGUUCUUCACCGCUCGGGAGAGCGGGAGCCUGGACGUGUACGGCGCCGAAGAAGGCGGCCACGACGAGGGAGACGACGCCGACGUCAAUAUGAACGAAGGCGGCGACAACGCCGAGGGAGGGGAACAACACCACAAAAAACGAUCCGUGGCACCGAUCGAGGCCUGGCAUCCCGUGCGUCUCGGCUUUGAUUUCAAGCAAGCGGGCAAGCUCAUCGCCGCUCUCGACGCGGAGAAGGGCAUCGAAGGCAACCCUCUGUUGAACGCGGAUGAGGGCGUCGGCAUGGACACGGAGGCAUCCGCUGAGGAGGACGCCGCCACGCUCGAGACGCUCGGGAACGAGGAGGGUACGGCGGAGAAGUUGGACGAGCGCCUGUGCUAUCUGAUUCGCGUGCACGGGAUCGAUUACUACAAGCGAGUCUCCGAGAUGCACCCGGUGACGUUCCUGGAGAAGGUCACCAUGACCACCACCUUCUCCAAGAGGGACCCGAAGCCCGCCGAGCCGGUCCGACCGGUCGCCGAAAACCCGUACGGGGUACGCUGGAGCGCCGCACUCGACGGUAACGUCAAGCGCCGCAUUACCGAGGGUGAUCCGCAGGUGAAGAAGCUCGGCACUGAGGAGAUUGAGCGCAAGCUCGAGGAGUGGGUGCAAUCGUGCGUCGUCAAGCACGACGAGCAGAGGUACGGGUGCGCGCUCAACUGCACCAAGCUCUUCGUCGCCCCCGAGUUCUUGGUGAAGCACGUGAAGACCAAGCACGCGAGCGCCUAUGAGCAGCAGCGCGAGAGUUUGAUCGACGAGCAGUUCCACAGAAACGUCCUGGAAUACCUCAAGUAUGAGGAGAACCGUAAGGCGAGCAAGAGAGGCCGGAGAAAGGGUGGCAUGUUCGGUGGUAUGAUGAUGAUGCCCGGCGCGGACGGACAAUUUAUCCAGGUUCCCGUCGCCGCGCAGGGUGGCGCGCGAAUGAUCCAAGGGAUGGCUCGAUACACCGAUUUGGACGCGAGCGUCCCCGAGCGCGUCGUCAUCGAUUACGGAGAUAUUUGA